CCGCCGGCCCCGCCUCCGCGCAUGCGCAGUCGCCGACUCAGGGGCGGUUUCCGGCCGCCCCCGAGACGGGCCCCCCCUUUCUGCUCGGCGGCGGCCAUCAUGGUGUUCAAACGCUUCGUCGAGAUCGGCAGAGUUGCCUUCAUUUCCUUCGGGCCGCAUGCUGGCAAGCUGGUGGCCAUUGUGGAUGUUAUUGACCAAAAUAGGGCACUGGUUGAUGGCCCCUGCAGUGGUGUCAGAAGGCAGGCUAUGCCCUUCAAGUGCAUGCAGCUGACUGAUUUUGUACUCAAGUUCCCACACAGUGCUCGUCAGAAGUGUGUGCGACUUGCCUGGGAAAAGGAAAAUAUAAAUGAAAAAUGGGCAGCGACAAGAUGGGCAAAGAAGAUUGAAGCCCGAGAAAAGAAAGCCAAAAUGACUGACUUUGAUCGCUACAAGGUUAUGAAAGCAAAGAAAAUGAGAAACAGGAUUAUCAAGCACGAAAUGAAGAAGCUCCAGAAGAUGUCUUCUAAAAAAGGCAAGAAGCCAGAGAAGUCCGAGAAGGCGCCUAAGUCCGAGAAGGCGCAGAAGGCGCAGAAAUAAAAUGAACUUCUAGUUAUGUAUGACUUUGUGUCCUUGUUCUGAUUCUUUAAAAUUAACAAAUGGUUAAACAUUUGAUUUAAAUUGUAAUCUUAAGUUCAUUUUUGCUUCUGACCAAGAA